AUGCCGCAUUCACAUGAAGCCAUUGACUCGCCGCCGGUCUCGCAACCCUCGUCGCCGCUCGGCAUGCAGCCAUGGUCGCGAGAGGAGGACGCGGUUCUGCUGCGCCACGCGCUGCAUUGCGGCACGAAGCAGUGGGGUGAGCUGGGGAGGAGCGGUCAGCUCAACCGAAGCAACAAGUCGUGCUGUAACCGUUACAUCUUCCUCAGAAGGAAGUUCACUCACCGCUUUCGCGAGAGCUGCCUUAGAAAUCACCUGGGAGGAGCUGCAUUCCUCCAGCACGCUUCUUCGGACACAGACAGUCAGCCGAUUUUCUGUCAGGAUUUCCAGCAGCAGCAGCAGCAGCAGCAGCAGCAGCAGCGUUCGGGAGGCGUGUGUUCAGCUGCCCUCGCGUUCGGAGGGCUGUCGUUUGACGAGUGCACGGCUGUCCUCUUUGCCCCCAACGCACGCUGCUGCCGCCAAACCGCCUCACUGAACCUCUCUUCUGUCGCCAGCCCUCCUCCUCCUUCCCAACCCGCCAGCGUCUCUGCUACUGCGGCUGCUUUUAUUGCCGAGUUUCCAGUAUCCCAUGAAGCCUUCCCCGUUGCUGCUGCCUCCAAUGCUGCUCAGCGUCGUGCGCUGAAGCGACCAAGGGACGAGUGUCCCACGCUGGGGGCAACUCAACAGCCGCUGCUCGGUGGACGUGAGAGCUGCACGGAGCGGCGGCAUCAGUCAGUGGCAGAGCAGUUUGAGCAGCAGGGGGAGAGCAGCCGCGUGCAGCAGCAGGCAGCGGACGAAGCCCUUCUGGAGGCUCUGCUGCAGCAGGAGCAUCGCCAGCAGCAGCCGGGAGGAGCGAGGAGCAGGGCGCAGCGGGUGUUCUGGCCGCGCGUUGGGUCAGAGAGUGCCCUUCCAGACGACGUGCUGCUGGGAUUCAGCAGCGACGAACCUGCCUUCAAGCAACGUGCUGCUCUGUCUGCUCCUCCGCCCACCCAGCCGCAUGCACCGCUGCCAGCGCCAAUGCCUUCCCAGCUCGCUGCUCGGCCUAUCUGCGCUUCCUUCUUUGGUGAUUCCACCCCUUGCCGUGCGAAUUUCGCACCCUGCAUUGGAGAUUUCGCAGUGCACCGGGAGGAAUGGCUCCGCGUUGCGUCAGAGAGCGCCCUUCCAGACGACGUGCUGCUGGGACUCUGCUGCGAGGUCCCUGCCUCCACGCAGCGUGCUGCUCUGUCUGCUCCUCCGCCCGCCCAGCCAUUCACAGCACCAAUGCCCUCGCCGCUCGCUGGUCUGCCUGGCCCCACUCCUGGCUGCACGAGCAGGUGCCUUACAGCGAUGCUUGCUGGGAGUACUGACAAGGACAGCGGUGCUCUCUUUCUCGACACGCCUGUGGCUCACGUGCUGCUGGGUGGGGGUGCCCUCACCGUGCCCUUGACGAGUGGUCCUCAGGCUGAGAGGCCUGCAGCACCAGGUUCUGCUGGGACAGCCCCACGUGCUGCUGGGACAGCCCUGCCAGAGUGGGCGGAGGAGCAGGGAGGGACUGGGGAAGGAGGUGCUGAGCGGCACAGGCAGCAGCAGUAUCUCGCCCAGGAGGGCGUGCUUGCCCAGUGGAAGUCUCGGUCGCACAUGCAAGCUCCCAUGCAGCCUCGCCCGGCCAUGCUGCAGCAGCCCUUCACCACUGGUGGUGCUUUACCGGCUCUCUGCAGCCCCAUACUCCCUCCAUUGCCUGACAUGGCCGUUACAUCAGGAGGCGACGCCAUGUCCUGA